CGGAGUAUAUAAGAGGAACGUAAAAUUCGACAGCCGUAUCGAAUACUGUAACGAGAAGAAUAAAGGCAUUGUUUGGUUGAUAUUUAACGAAAGUGAAAAUGAGAGCCGUAUUCGUCAUUUUCACCGUUCUGGCUGUCAUCGCCGCAACCGUACACGCUGACCUGAUUGUUGCAUGUAGAGGUACUACAGACCCUGACUAUGUGGAGUACGUUCCUCAUCCAUGCAGUUGUGACACCUACUACAUCUGCAAUGGAACGGAACCAGUCCCCAUGCCCUGCCCCAAUGGUCUAUUCUGGAACAACUUGAAGAGUAUCUGCGACUUGCCCGGCUUUGCUAACUGUAUCGUCCAUCCUAAAUGCUAGGAACAGACGUUCAUUUAUCUCAUUCAUAGCGACAAAGUAUCAACUCUAAACAGUUCAUCUAUAUGUACUUUCACCGAAUAAAUCCUGUGAUAAUUUACUGGAACGCGGUACAUAUAAUGUGAAGCUGUACGAUUCUGUAUCAAUCAAUUCUUAUUCGAAUAAUAAAUUACGUUUUAUUCGAAUAAA